AUGAAAAUUGGAUCAAAUAUCACAUGGUUUGAUGAAGAUGACUACAUUCGCGCAGCGGUUUCUUUUCCCGCCGGUUCAGUGUGGAGACUGGAGACCAAGGUCCGCGAGCACGAAUAUUACGAGACAAAGGUUGAUAUCGGGGAGCUGGGUAUUCGGAUCCCCUGGGUUGGAACGGCCACCAAGAGGUCAUCUGUUCGUGCACAGCAGGCGACUCUAGGCCCCGCCCCAAAUUUCCAAACCGAAAUCGACGCCUUGUUCUCUCUGACAAAGGCUCACUCCUCCAGCACCCCUUCUCUUUUUGACUGGAAGAAGGAGAAGCAGUCUGAGGACGGAUGGGUCCCUUGA